AUGCCUGCAUUUGGCCGAAAUGAAAACCAAAAUCACUGGAAUUCACUGAAUUUCAGUGAUUUCAGCAAGGGGCGAGAUAUUGCUGAAGAGACGUUCUACGCGGAGAUUUGGAGUGGCGGGGAGCGCAUCGGGCUCGACACGUAUGAGACGGCGCACGAGGUGGCGCGCGCGUACAACGCAGUGUCCUGGCGCCUCGGCCGUCCUCGACGGUCGAUGAACUUCUCCGAUAUUUGGACGCGACAGCAGGCCAAAGACCUCACGCCGCCGCCGCCGACCGUCACGCAGGAGGCGAGGCAGCGCGAGCUCGAGCAGCGCCACCUUGUCGCCGAGCGGGACGAGUGCCUGCGCCUCGAGUGGGCGCGAAGCUUCCCGGAGGACGUGGCCGCGGAGGUCGCCUUCUUUGCCGAGAAGGAAGAGAUGAAGGCGACGCAGAAGGUGGCGAAGAAAAAAGAUCGGUAG